AUGGCGGCGGCGGCGGCGGCGGCAGCAGCAGCGGGGGCUGCGGGCGGUCGGGGCUCCGGGCCGGGGCGGCGGCGCCAUCUUGUGCCCGGGGCCGGUGGGGAGGCCGGGGAGGGGGCCCCGGGGGGCGCAGGGGACUACGGGAACGGCCUGGAGUCUGAGGAACUGGAACCUGGGGAGCUGCUGCUAGAGCCCGAGCCGGAGCCCGAGCCCGAAGAGGAGCCGCCCCGGCCCCGCGCCCCCCCGGGAGCUCCGGGCCCUGGGCCUGGCUCGGGAGCCCCCGGUAGCCAGGAGGAGGAGGAGGAGCCGGGACUGGUCGAGGGUGACCCGGGGGACGGCGCCAUUGAGGACCCGGAGCUGGAAGCGAUCAAAGCUCGAGUCAGGGAGAUGGAGGAAGAAGCUGAAAAGCUAAAAGAGCUGCAGAACGAGGUAGAGAAGCAGAUGAAUAUGAGUCCACCUCCAGGCAAUGCUGGCCCAGUGAUCAUGUCCAUUGAGGAGAAGAUGGAGGCUGAUGCUCGUUCUAUCUAUGUUGGAAAUGUGGACUAUGGUGCAACAGCGGAAGAGCUGGAAGCACACUUUCACGGCUGUGGUUCAGUCAACCGUGUUACCAUACUCUGUGAUAAAUUCAGUGGCCAUCCCAAAGGGUUUGCAUAUAUAGAGUUCUCAGACAAGGAGUCAGUGAGGACCUCCUUGGCCUUAGAUGAAUCUCUUUUUAGAGGAAGACAAAUCAAGGUGACCCCAAAACGAACCAACAGACCAGGCAUCAGCACAACAGACCGGGGUUUCCCACGAGCGCGCUACCGUGCCCGGACCACCAACUACAACAGUUCCCGCUCUCGAUUCUACAGUGGUUUCAACAGCAGGCCCCGGGGUCGCGUCUACAGGGGCCGGGCUAGAGCGACAUCAUGGUAUUCCCCUUACUAAAAAAAGUGUAUUAGGAGGAGAGAGAGGAAAAAAAGAGGAAAGAAGGAAAAAAAAAAAAAAAAGAAUUAAAAAAAAAAAAAAAAGAAAAACAGAAGAUGACCUUGAUGGAAAAAAAAAAUAUUUAAAAAAAAAAAAAAAAGAUAUACUGUGGAAGGGGGGAGAAUCCCAUAACUAACUGCUGAGGAGGGACCUGCUUUGGGGAGUAGGGGAAGGCCCGGGGAGCGGGGCAGGGGGCUGCUCAUUCACUCUGGGGCUUCACCAUGGACACGUCUCAACUGCGCAAGCUGCUCCCCGUGUUUUCCCUGUCCUGCUUCACCCCCUUGGGGGCUGCUCAAGGGUAGGUGGGCUUGGGUGGUAGAAGGGUUUUUUUUACCCAGGGCUCUGGAAGGACACCAAACUGUUCUGCUUGUUACCUUCCCUCCAUCUUCUCCCUGCCUUUCACAGUCCCUUUCUGCCUGCUUCCUGUUCUGCCAGGUCUGCCACCCACCCCACCCCUCUUUUCUGGCUCUUGCCCCUCCAGAUUGCCUGGUGAUCUGUUUUGUUUCCUUUUGUGUUUCUUUUUCUGUUGAGUGUCUUUCUUUGCAGGUUUCUGUAGCUGGAAGAUCUCCGUUCCGCUCCCAGCGGCUCCAGUGUAAAUUCCCCUUUCCCCUGGGGAAAUGCACUACCUUGUUUCGGGGGUUUGGAGUGUUUUUUUGUUUUUCGGUUUUUUUGUUUUGUUUUCCUUUGCCUUUUUUUCCCCUUUUUAUUUGGAGGGAAUGGGAGGAAGUGGGAACGGGGAGGUGGGAAGUGGAUUUUGUUUAUUUUUUUAGCUCAUUUCCAGGGGGUGGGAGUUUUUUUUUAAAAAAAAAAAAUAUGUGUCAUGAAUAAAGUUGUUUUUUGAAAAUAAAAA